CUACCUUCUCCGGCGCGGUGGUUUUUUUGGUCGGAAGCCUUUGAGCUUCCGACGUUUUGAUGCUUGAGCCGUUGGGGGAUCCCCGACCGCUCAAGCAUGCUGGAGCCGGCCUGUGCUCCAUCCUCCGAUGACCCUUCGGGGUCUGGUGGUUUAUGGGUCCCUUUCCGGAACCCAGCACGCCUGGGUUCGAUGGAACCCAGGACGCCUGGGUUCGAACGUUCCUCGUCCUGGGUUCGAACGUUCCUCGAACCCAGGCGCUGGGUUUCGAACCCAGCGCCUGGGUUUGAGUCGAAGCCGCUGGGUUUUUUCGUUCUGUUUCUUUGUUGGCUUGCAGUCAUGCUUGAAUGGGAUUUAGAGUUUGGUGUGGUUUCUGAUUGCUUGUCAUGCUUGAAUGAGACUUAGAGUUUGGUGUGGUUUCUGAUUGCUUGAAUUUCCAGAUCUAGUUGAUGUUGAUUGAAGGAAUGUGGUGUUUUUUUCAUUUUUCUUUGCAGAUCUACUAUACAUUUGUAGAGGAAUUGAUUUUUUGAAUCAAAUUUAUUGAGUUCU